AGAAAAGAAUGAUAUGAAGACUACCCCAGCCAGUGCCACGCGCCAUGUUGAGGGGGGAGGACGUGCGUUGCACAGCGCUCAUGCAAUAAGGAAAAAACUCCAUUAAACCUUCCCUGCGCGGCCCCUACUCACGGCAAGGAGGAGGAACGAAGGUUGAAUGAAGUGGCGACAGGUGGCGUACGAAGGGGAACCGACCCUGGGGCCCAUGGCAGGUCGGCCAGGCCUGCCCCCUCCCCCUCCCCACCCCCACCCCCCCAUCAGGCCACAGGUUCAGAUUGUCACCCACCAGCAACAACAACAACAGCAGCAGCAACAACAUCAGCAUCAGCAACAUCACUACUAUCAGCAGCAACAGUCAGAGUAUGGGCGUUCCCUGGCCCGCUCUCAGGACGAUGAACAAGUGAACUACUUUUGUCAGCGUCCGCCCACUGAUGCAGACUUUGCCUACCACCAGAAGGGUCAACGAUGGGCCCUCGGCGACGACUCCGUCAUUGAUGUUAGCAGACGAGUUGAAUACGGACAACAGAUUGCGCCGGCCAAGAAGCUAUGGGGCGUUGAGGAAGGGAAGCCAGACAACAAAGGAAUCUUCAACAUAGGCGAAGCUUCAUGGCGUGAGGCUGCUUGGAGCACAGGAGCCCCCCAUGCUGCUGGACCUCACCAUCAUGGUGUAGGGCAGAGCCAUGGGCUGGGCAUGGCGGGGGUGGGCCAGAGGGGGCCGGCCCGUCCCCCACAGUUCACUGGUGGUGACUCGGUGCUCUCGCCGCGCGCCACUGACCACGCGGGAGUGGGUCUCAAGAUGGUGGAGUAUGUGUUGGCUUCAUCGCCAACCGGCAAAGAUCUUGACACCAGAAUGGCGAACCUCAACCUUAGACAGAACGGUGGUGCAGAGAGUGGCAAAGACAAGAAGGACAAAGCUCCCUCACCAUUCGACCCAACGAAGAAGGAUGUGGAGAACGGCGGUGGCAGCGGCGCCCCGCAGGCCAACGGCAUAGUACAGAACGGACUGGACGACGACAAGACUUUUAAUUCUCGUUGUUCCACCCUCCAAAAGAACUGGAUUAAGAGUCGUGAGGGCCCUGGGGCUCAACAUUUUGUGGAGGCUCCUAUAAGCCGCACGCCAGGCAGCCGGCAGGGCUCACCGUCAGAGGAGGACCUCAACAAGAAUGGCAUGGUGGCGGGUGUGGGUGUGGGUGUGGGGGUGAAGGAGCCAGAGCUGGUAGGCGGCGGCGUUGUGAUGGGAGGCCCAGCACCCGUCCUAAGCAACCUCGACCACCCGGGUUUUGAAGGUGUUGGUGGAGGAGCUGUGGGUGGCAUGGGGGGCCCUGCUGGCAUGCUGGACCCUAGCAUGGGCAUGGGUGGUGCUGGGGGUCCAUUUUCAUCACCUGCCGGUGCAGACUAUAACAGCAUGGCCGCCAGCAUCCCAAUGGACUCUCCAACGCCUUUACUGCCAGCGGGACAUGGCGGACCACAACCACAGAACUUCACUGACACACAGCAGCUCUUCAGAAAUGCUCAGCAGCAGCAGCAGGGAGCAGGGCCCAACCCCCAGCAGAUACAGCUUCUGGCACAACAACAGUACUUGGCGGCACAGGCGGCACAGCAGCAGGGUCUUGCAGCGCCCCCAGCAGCCUUCAGUGCACCUUACGUCAUAAAUGCCCAGGAGCCAUACGUUGGCACUCUUAUCACUGGGCCGACAGCAGUGAUCCCACAGUACUAUGGGGUGCACUGGGGGGUGUAUCCAGCUAAUAUCAUACAGCAGUCGGGGCCGAGUGGACAGGCGCGGCGACCCCUCUCACCCUCACAGCCCUCAGAGGUGACCAGUCAGAGCAACGGAAACCUGGCGGCAUCUGCAGCGGCGGCAGCAGGCAACAUGCAAGGACCGCUCUCACAGUACCAGCAGGUCAUCCCUGCCUACUAUGACCAGAAUGGAGCAGUGUUGAUGGGCAACCUUCGUGGUGUUGGUAAUGGUGCACCGGUGCGGCUGGUGUCUCCAGCUCCCAUGCUUAUCAACGGGGCCAACGGGGCGCAGGCAGCAGCAGCCAGCAACAUGAGGCUACUGGGCAACCAGGCUCCCCAGAUUGGGACUCCGCCAGCCUCCCUCUACAACAACAGCCAGACACAGAGCCUCAACAACAGCCAGACCUUCACCGGCAGCACCAUAGCUGAUUCCCUCUCGCAAGGCCUCCAGACAUCCAACGCACUAACUGGCAACAAUUACUCCUUGGGACUUCAAAACAGUAGUCUAGGGUUUGGCAACAGCACGCUGGGCACCAUUGGCUCCCCAGCUAUUGGCAACUUAAGUGGUGGGCUAGGAGGAAGCAGCAUGGGCCGGAGGGAUUCACUGGACCGCACCACCUCAGUCCUUUCGCCACUGUCUCAGGACUUCCGCAGUGCCAAGUGGACCAGUAACUAUGGGGCACUCGGUACAGUUACAGCAUCCCCAGGUCCCAUUGGCUUGACCACCGGAAGCCUAACACCACCUCCGCCAAGUCUGGGAAAUACAUCAUCAGCCCUUCCGCUUGGUGCCCUCAUGUCUGGGAACAGAGUAAUUUCCGCUGCACCGGGCGCUGAGGCUAAAUUCCGCAAUGGUUCUGCCAACGGGAUGUUCAGCUCUGGCGGUCCGUCAUCACUCUUCCCACCGCUAAAACGUAAUCUGAGUCUGGACAAGUGCACAGGACGGUCGCGUCUCCUCGAAGACUUCAGGAAUAAUCGCUUCCCAAACCUGCAGCUGCGGGAUCUUGCCAACCACAUUGUGGAGUUCAGCCAGGACCAACAUGGAUCAAGAUUCAUCCAGCAAAAGCUUGAGCGAGCAACACCAGCGGAGAAGCAGAUGGUUUUCAAUGAGAUCUUGACAGCAGCGUACUCCCUCAUGACUGAUGUGUUUGGAAACUAUGUUAUUCAGAAGUUCUUUGAGUUUGGCACGCCAGAACAGAAGACCGUGCUGGCCAAUAAGAUCCGUGGCCAUGUACUUCCCUUGGCCCUGCAGAUGUAUGGAUGCCGAGUGAUACAGAAGGCACUCGAGUGUAUCACUCAAGACCAACAGAAGGACAUUGUGCGCGAGCUAGAUGGACACGUGCUGAAGUGUGUCAAGGAUCAGAACGGAAACCAUGUGGUUCAGAAGUGCAUAGAGUGUGUUGAUCCUAUGGCCUUGCAGUUUAUCAUAAAUGCUUUCCAGGGCCAAGUAUUCACCCUGUCCACACAUCCCUACGGCUGCCGUGUCAUUCAACGCAUCCUUGAGCACUGCACUGGCGAGCAGACAUCGCCUGUGUUGGAGGAGCUGCACCAGCACACCGAACAACUGCUGCAGGACCAGUACGGCAAUUAUGUAAUCCAGCAUGUACUAGAGCAUGGAAAACCAGAAGACAAGAGCAAGAUUGUUGGUGUAGUGAGAGGAGGUGUACUUAAACUGUCCCAACACAAGUUUGCCUCCAAUGUGGUGGAGAAAUGUGUCACCCACGCCACACGAGCUGAGCGAGCCAUGCUGAUUGAAGAGGUGUGUGGGUACAAUGACAGCACCCACAGCUCCCUUCUGGUGUUGAUGAAGGACCAGUAUGCCAACUAUGUGGUGCAGAAGAUGAUUGACGUGGCAGAGCCAGCCCAGCGCAAGAUGCUCAUGCAUAAGAUACGACCCCACAUCUCGACACUGCGCAAGUACACUUAUGGGAAACAUAUUCUUGCCAAACUGGAGAAGUACUUCACCAAAAAUGCUCCAGACAACAUGGGACCGAACAUGACCAGUCCACUCUGAGUUGACUUAUAACUGAACAUCCGACACCACCACUAUCAGCAUCUGCCGCAGCCACCACCAGCACCACCACCUCUACCAUCACCACCAUCAUCACCAUCGUCAUCACUACUGCUCCACUACUAGGAAAACAACGAGGAGGCAGUAACGGCUUAUAAGUUAAGGCUCGGAAUUUUUUGGGAGUUUUGUAGCAAGAUGAAGGUGUGAACUAACAAAGGUAGAAAGAGAAGAAAAUAAUACAAGUUUGUCUCAUUUUGUUUCGUUUCGUAGCGGUUCUGAGUGUCGUUGCUUCUCCCGCCGCAAAGCAAAGGCUCCUCCAUCACAUAGGAAAAUAAAAGAAGUUCGAUGGCUCGAGAAUGCAUGUGGGGUUAAGUUUAAUUAUUACAGUACUAGUUCCCCCCUUCCCCCCUUUUUCCUAUCCAUUUUUUAAUAGGAAAACAAUGAAUUUUCAUUUUUUUGUCUUUUAAGAUGAAACGUUGUUCAUUCGUUGUUAAUGAAGAAUUCAAAAGGGCUCAGCAUCUCCCCCUCCCACGAAGAAAAAAUGGUAGAGGUUGUUAGGUCAUUGACGUAUGAUUAUUGACCUUAAGCAUUGCUGUGAGGUGUCUUGGGAUACGCAGUAUUUCGCCCUUCUCCGUGUUCGGUCAAAAUAUUAUUUCCUUUGAGAAAGCCAUCAGUCGUUAUUUUUUUAUUUAUUUUUUUAUUUUUACUUUAUUAUUUAUUUAUUUUUUGUCAAAUCAAAUGGAGCUUGAAAAAAUUACAAAUUUGCCACUAGAAGAUUUUUUAACAACAGGCAACAUCAAUUUAUAUCAUAAUUUUUGUCAUUAUUAUUGUUAUUUUUAUUAUUAUUACUUAAUCAUUACUAUAAUUAUUAUUAUUAUUAUUAUUAUUAUUAAUAUGGUCGUCAUGAUGAAUAUCCUUGUUAUUUUUACUUGGUGUGUCCUUAACGCAUAGUAAGUAUUGAGCUAGGCUCCUGUAGUGUCUCUAUAGAGCAUGUUAUCAUACUCUGGGCUUGCAGCUGUUUGCAUGAUUUAUUGCUGUAGUCAGCUUUACCCAUGUAUAUCAAAUUUAAAUCUUGGAUAUAUUAACUGUUUGCCACUUUUUACCCCCAAAUUGGUGAAUGUCAGUAACGUAACCAUUGUAUUUUUCUCUAUAUUUUUUCUUUGGUAUUAGUAGUGGUGUGUAAUGCUAGUGUGUCUAGAGCUGCGUUUGCCUUCCUUGGAGUGAGCAAACAAGGCGUUACUCAAAACAGUGUCAAGCCACAUACAGUGCAGAAAGCUCCCACCCCAGGCUAAGGCUUGUACUUAGUGCCUCUGUUGGACCACCAUUCACAAGGCACUUAAUCCCCCUCAGGGCAAGCUUAUACUCAGUUUGUCUGUUGGACUACCUAUUCUCGAGGCACCGAUACAUUGGCUCUCCAGUGGACCAAGGAAAUCAGUGCAGUAACAUCAAAUUCUUUGUAAACAAGAGAGUAAUCAGUCCAAAGAAGACCUGUUAUGAUUUCCUUAUCUACCAAUAGCUAUAAAGAUCAGGAAGAGCCUUUUGGUGUGUCUUAGGAAACUGUUAUCAUGGGAAAGUAUCAGCCAAGGCCGAACAAAUUUUGCAUCUAUCCUAGUAGUUAACAGACGGUCUCUUCUUGGUGUUCCCGAGGAGAGAAUAGUCCUGAGCAUCACAAGAACUAUAAGACAAAUGUAAAGGAAGAGUUUAAAUCCUUACAGCUAUAAAACAGUUGAAAGAAGGAAGUUAAACCUUUAAAAAAAAGGGGAGUUUCUAUCUGCCAAAAAUAGGUCAAUCCACAAUUAGGUUCAGCAGCAUUUGUUACCCAAGCAGGAGUGAACAAAACACAUCUGUCCCCUCCAGCUGACUGAACUACUGGCCGGCUGAAAGCUUUGAAAAGUGGGAGUUUCUAUCUGCCAUGUCACCAAAAUCGAGUCCAUUCACUAGUAGGUUCAGCAGAAUUGCCACCCAAGCAGUUGGAGUGAACGACACGUCCCCUCCAACUGUCUGAACACUACUGAAAGCUUUCUUGCUAUUCUGUGAGUCGCUGAGGUACUGGGACUGCAUUAUCUAGCCUUUGUGCUCUAAUGCAUUGUAAAAUUAAAUGUACAUUCUAUCAACUGGUGUAUAUGUAUAUGUAUAUGUAAAUUUACUAUAUAUAUAUGUAUACACACACAAAGGUAAAAAGUUUGCUGAUAUGUGUAAUUAAUAAUAAUGGGCAUUACUGUAAAUCUGUACAGGUGAAUAUUCUAUAUUUUCUUACUUGUUUGUGUGUUUGUAUGUCAAGUCAGUGUGAUGCUAACGACAACCACCACCACCACCACCACUACCACCACCACACCACCACCACCACCACACCACCACCACAACCACCACCACCACCACCACCACCACCACUACUACUGCUGUGGGCAAGGCAUACAGUUAGCCCCCAUGGACGGACCAUUGCCACAGAGAAAAAGUAAUAGAAAGAACUUGUUGUACGGGGAGAAAGCCAGUCACCCUUAUCAUCCAUAGAGGACUACAGUAAACCCUCUAUUGAAAUUUGUCAAACCAUAUAAAUCUACCAACCAUUUUUGAUUUGUUGAAUCACUUAGACCUAACAAAAUUUUGUUCUCCAUUUAAUGAAAUGGAAUUGGACCAAAAGAUUUUUAAUUCUAUUAACGAGGUGGAUUUGUUGAUUCAUAUAAACCUACUGAACAUUUCUAAUGCAUUUAUAGAGCCUCUUAUUGACAAUACUAAGAGCCACACAAACCUGCACAAAAUUUUCUGCCUUUAUUUGAUACUAUAUGUUAUUAUUUGAGAAAACUUUCUCCAAACAGCAAGCUUCAACCAAAAAAAAAAUAUUGCUGUGACCAAUAUCUUUUACUCCUAUUUGAUACAGUACACCUUGCACUUAUUAAUACUUCUGGACAUAAGUUGGUGUUUCACCCAAUUGGUCUGUUGAAUAGAGAGGUUACUGUUUGCCACAAUGCAGGACACUGGCACAUUACAUUGCUUUUGAGGAAUUAAGAAAAUAAAUGUCCUAUGGAUAUCAUGAUACAUUUGAAUCAAGAUUUGCCAAUUAUGAAUUUUACAAUGCCCUCAACUUCCUUCCCUCCACUGUUCCCUUCGCCUUCACUCCUCUUCCUUAGCCUGCCCUAAGUUACCAUCCCCUUCCUUUCACUCUCCUCUCCUUCCCAUCCUCUUCCUAACUUUUAUCCUCGCACCUCCCCAUCCCUCUCCCAAUUCAUGUAAUCUGCUCGGAAUCUCACGUCCUGAAGGAUAAAGAGUGGCUGGCUGACUCCCAAUGCUGGCACAUGGCUAGAGGAAGAUGCAGUGUUAAUAUAUCUCUGUUAAUUGUGUAUUAUUCAUAUCCCUAAUAGCUUAUUGCAGGCUGGAACAGGCCCUUUGUUUAUAUUGUAGAGUCAACCCCAAUGCCCCGUAUCCCAGUCCCCCUUUACCAAAAAGACGACUGUUCUACCGAGGUCAAAUUUGUAAAUUCUGUGAAUAUUAUUGACUUUUUUGUGAGGCCAAUGUUCUGGCAUGUAACAUUUUGUAAUAAAUUAGUGUACAGAAGAAGACGAUGAUGUGUACAUUUGGAAUAUGUACCUUUUGUAAGUGCUACUAUAUAAUUUGUACAGUCUCCACAAAGUGAUAUAAUGAAUGACGAGGUGUGUUAAUGCGCAUUAUUGUAUAGUAAAUUGUAAAUAUAAUGAUGACGAUGAAGCAAGAUCUUAUAAUAGCUUGGCCUGUACCUGCCUGUACCCAGCAUUAGUUGUAUAUUGCAUAUGUAGAUGUAAUUUUUCUUGUAAAACUGUAUUUUGUAUAUGUCUCCUUAGCUAACAAUAGUCGGUGUAACAUUACUGUCUUUGAUCUCACAACAACACUCUGGGGGAUGGUGUGAAAUGUAGCUACAUACAUACUGUUUCUUGCUGUUUUAUAGCUAACCAACCACCAUUGUCAUCACUGUCUGCUGCAUUCAUUGGUGAAGAUGCUGCUGUAAACCCUCUGUUUAGGGAACCCCCAUUAUUUGGUUUGCUUGUGUAUUUUUUAUAUCUAGGUACUUUUUCUUACUUCUUAUGGUAAAGGAGGCAGGCCAAGGGCAAUUUUGUUUCUUUUUUUAAUUCAGUAAACAACCAUUUUUAUUUGAUACAUCGAGAUUAACUACAGAAAACAAUAUUUUUUGCUUUCAUUUAAAACACCUUGCAUGUAUCUGUAUCUUGGGAUGCAUAGCCAUGGUGCCCCCUCCAAAUGGUUAUUUGAAUAGAGGGUUUACUGUGGCUUCAAAAUAUUCAGUAAUGCGUCAUAGUUUGUAGUGGAAAUAAUUGCCACUAAGAAGCAAGUCCAAAUUUAUUCACACUCCUCUAGUGCAUACAAGCUCGCUCUCUCCUUGCAAUUAUUGGCUUUCUGGUUCUGUAAUUGACUCUAAUCUGACUUUUUCUCAAGGACUGAGUUGCCAAGUACCAAUGGUCCCAUUUUUCCCAAGCUCUGGUGUGGUAUCAAGGGUGUCCAUUUAAUUCUCUCAUACUUUUGUGGUUCUUAACGAGUGUCGUACAGACUCAUGGAAUUUUUUUUUUUUUUUUUUUUUUUUUUUUGUCGGGUUGAAUUUUCUGAGGGAACUACUAUUACUACUACAUUUUGGGGACUCCAAUUUUCUUGUCAGUCAUACUGUAGUGGAUUGUUAACUUUAACAUGGGUAAUACCUUUCUUUGGUUGUACUAAAACUACAAUAACUUCCACUUUUGAGGGUCUUAUGAAUCAAACUUACCUUAGACUUGGGAGUCGUACUUGAAGGUGAGGCUGACUUUUACACGGUGCAUAUGGUUGCAGCCACUCUGUGGUGUUUACAUCAGAGCUUGAAUCAAAAGGGAAUGUAAUGUUACUUUGCAACUAUAUCCUUGAGAAGUAAUCCCAUUACGUGGAACUUUAAAUUGUAAAAUGUAGACUUUCUCAGAUUGGUUUAACAAAGAAGAGGAAGUUGAUUAGAGAAUCCAGUAGUCAUAAGUCUGUACAUCAGUGUACAUUUUUUCAUAUGUUUGUAACCUUUAUGUUUAAAAGCCUUAGUAUUAGUCGUACAUACAUACUACUACAUGCGAUUUGGGUCUUCAAGCUCUGGCACUGCUGCUUUGUUUUAAUAUAAUUGUGUUCAUGUAUAAUUAUUUGGCUUCCUAAUGUUUUGUUGAUCUUUUUAAAGUGAUUCACAUUAUGGAGUUAAUGUGUCAAUUUCUUCCGUUUUCUCAUAUGAGUAGUAAAAGUUGUUGUUGUUGACGGCAGAAUAGUAAGCAGCAGCAGCAGUAGUAGUAGUGUUAAUAGUUGUACAGUAAACCCUCUCUUGAGCCUCUGUUUGGUGAAAAUGCAAAUUACCAAACAAUAUAAACCCACCUGUACUCAGUUGUAAGUACAAGUGUAAACAAUA